GUUGACCAAUCAGGACACAGUAGGCGGGGCUUGUGGGCACGAGGGUUGGUUGAAGUUCUCAAGGUGCCAAACGUGUAGAAUUCGGUGCGAUUGUAAAGGAUGGACGUUUAUGGCAGUUUGAGUUUUUCUCCACACUUGUCAUGACUGAAGAGGAAAAAGAAAGCAUUUAGCUCUCAGAGUUAUGGAGGGGCACGAAGACGAGCGGUUUUGUGGGAAAUGGAGGGUCGCCUGCGGUUUGUACAACUACAACCUGAGGGAUGUGUUCACAUGGCGCCUGCUGAAGACCCUCCUGAUGGGGCAGGUGCUGUCUCUGCUGAUCUGUGGGACGGCGGUCAGCUGUCAGUACCUCGCUGAAGCCCGGGUGGAGACGCCGAUGCUGCAGAGCUUCCUGAACUACGCCAUGCUGCUGCUGGUCUACACCACCAUCCUCUGCACCCGCAAAGGAGACAGGAACAUCCUCCACAUCUUAAAAACCAAGUGGUGGAAGUAUCUGCUGAUGGGUGUGGCAGAUGUGGAGGCGAACUACACUGUGGUGAAGGCGUACCAGUUCACCACUCUGACCAGUAUACAGCUGCUGGACUGCUUCGUGAUCCCGGUGCUGAUGGUCCUGUCCUGGUUCGUCCUGAAGACCCGCUUCAGACUGGUCCAUUUUGUGGCCGUGGGGGUGUGUCUGCUGGGGGUCGGGGCCAUGGUGGGGGCCGACAUCCUGGCAGGACGGGACCAGGGAUCCACCAGCAGUGUGGUUCUGGGGGACGGUCUGGUUCUGCUGAGCGCCGUCCUGUACGCCGUGUCUAACGUCUGUCAGGAACAGACGGUGAAGAACCUGAGCCGGGUCGAGUUCCUCGGCAUGAUGGGACUCUUCGGGACCGUCAUCAGCGGAGCACAGCUAGCUGUUCUGGAAACUCAAGCAGUCGCAGCGAUCAACUGGGAUUUUCACACCUCCCUGUGGUUUGCAGUGUAUGCUCUGUGUAUGUACUCUCUGUACAGCUUCAUGCCGGUGGUGGUGAAGAUGACGAGUGCGACGGCGGUGAAUCUGUCCCUGCUCACCGCCGACCUGUUCAGCCUCUUCUGCGGACUCUUCCUCUUCCACUACAGCUUCUCCACGCUCUACAUCAUCUCCUUCGUGGUCAUCAUGGUGGGCUUCGUCAUGUUCAACGCCGUCCCGACGUACACAGCUCUGCCGGAGUCCGGAUCCAACGAGGAAAACCCCCCCGAGGAGGAGAGCUCCUCAGACCGGCUGCUGUCUGCAGGACCACAAGCUCAGACAGACCCAGAGAGACAAGACACCAAGAAGGCUGAGACCCAGAGACCAGAGACCCUCCCUGCAGAUGCUCUGUGACUGGUGGGGGAGGAGGAGGAGGAAGAGGAGGUGAAACCUGAGAGACUGCAGCAGGUGUGUUCAUACAGCAGGUCUCUGUGAAGACUGCCUGCUCUCACCCUGUUACAAAAGGACUCAAAGACAAAAAAUUCACUCUAUUUUAGAUUACAUUCUGGGGAUAUCAUUUGUUGUUCUUUUUAUUUGAAGGAGAAUGCUGGUGGAUGGUUUGCAUCGUUACAUUUUUUAAUUCCUAAUGGCGGGGUUUUCUUCCGUCAGACAGAAAGUUUGAAUAUUACAGAAAACGACAUCUCAACACCACAUCCUUAAUCUGAAACAAUAGCUGUUUUAUAAAUGAGAUUAUUUUAACUGCAUUGACCAAAAGUACUGCUCUUCAAUCAUUUUCACAGCAUGUUCAGAACCAAGGGAAAUGCACUAUGACAUCUGAACGCUUGUGGACCGUUUGCAUCCACACAUUGUGCUGGUUUUCUUCUCUCGGACAAAAAGUUCACUCUGUUUUUGGUUAUUUAGCGUUUUUAAUAUCAGGAAAAUGCUGUUUGUCAUCUCAACAGUUUGCAUCAUUUAUUUUUUAGCUUCCUUUGUUUUGGUAUGAAGAAAUCUCAACCUUUUUCUAAAGCUUGAUUAUUUUUUAAGGAGAUGUGUUUUUUAUUCACAUUAAUCAGAAGGACAUGUUUUAUUUCCUCAGACACAAAGUCCUCUUGUUUCUGUUACUGUGCAUUUCCUAUAUGGAAUGAAAACCCCUGUGGACAGUUUGCAUCGGCACAUUUUUCAUUCCUAGUUUUGAUUAUCUUUUAAAAGUAAAUAUUCUUUAUCGACACAAAGCCAAAUAUCUGUUACAGGAUGACGACGUGUCAAACACUGCACUUCUAUUUAUUGUGCCAAAACGUACAUGCUACUUCCUUUCUCCUUUUUUAAAAUGAGUAUAUGAGAUGUUUUGCACACUGCGUCAGCUGGUUUAGGUCUUUGAUCACUCUGCUGGAUUUUCAUGUUAGUUGCCUACACUGCUGUUACCAUUUAAAUUUGGUAAUUUACCAAAUAUUCUGUAAAUCACAGGGCUUUAUGUAAAGCGUGGAGAACUUUUAUACUAUUAAAUUACAUUUUUAUAUUCUC